AUGGAUCCGGUGCUGGCUUUCCACGCUGCCUCCCACAACUACGAGCCGAUGAGGAUGGAUUCGCAUCUGGCAGUGAGCUGUCCGCAGCGGGUGCACAAGCCGACAUCAGAUGCGACGGGAGAUCCGCCACCGGCGAGCUCCAUUCCCUCCGCCAACAGUAGCACUCUCCUGCAAGCCUUGGCUUCGCAAAACCUGGCAGACAUCCUCGCUGUCAUGCGGCUGGACGCCGAUUCGUGCGCGAGCAGCGCCGUGGGGAGUACAGAGAAGGCCCCCGGAUGUGGGGUGGAAGCACAUCCGACCAAUGCACUGCAUCCCCAGGCCGUGGCGGACGAGAGGGAGAGGGGUUGGCAGAUGAUGUCCGGUGAGCUCGAGAAUGGUUGGGACCCCUGGAAUGGCCUCGUGGAGGCUCAGCCAAAACCGAGACCGAAGUCCGCACCGGCGAAGCCUCGUGCCGACCCAGGCCCUUCGCUGAGCCCAAGCGAAGCUAGCUUCGUCGUUGCCCAUCGCAUCCAACAGCAGCAGAUCCAGCGCGGUCAAUCCUGGAUCGAGGAGAUGCGGCGUGAGCACGCGGAGGCCGAAAGGAAGGCGCGUAUAGCGCAGGAGAAGGCCCGCCAAUUAUCAGACCAAGCUGCCCACCGCGAACUGCGGCAGGCCAUAGCACAGGCGGCAAGACUCGAGGAGGAGCCCGAGCUUGAAAGGUCCCAAAGCCUCCGACGCAAGUCCGUCUCCUUCGGAGGGGAUCGGGAGCCGGUGGCCGAAGCCGAAGCCCAAAGCGAGGCGAGGCAGCCAAACGAAGCGCCGCUCAGGCGUGGCAGCAUCCUGAAGUCCAGCUCCUUCUGCAGCCGCACAGCCAACUAUGAGGAGAGGCUUGAGGAUGCGCGAGAGUCGGCUCGAGCGAACGGAAUGCAGCGCAGGCACAGCACCUGCGGCAGUGUCAGCUCCGAAGGCGACCUUGGGCUGCCCUCUCUGUCGGUCCUCCGGGCGCUGCGGAAGGAAGCCGAAGCGCUGGUCAAGUACACCCAGGAGGCAAAAGCCCGCACCCAAGAAGAAAAGAAAGACAAAGCGAUUCGGGAGGUCGUCGAAAGAUCGCGAUGUGCGCAAGAAGAACGAUUGCACCAGGCCACAAUAGCGCUGGCGGAGACUAUCGCCGACAUCGCUGAUGGCAGGGUGGCGCCUACGAGUUCGUCGAGCAAACUGUUGCUGAGUACAGCAAAGAACGGGCACGCAGAGCCCCUGGAGCAGGAGCAGCUGGCACAGGAGGACAGGGGCCCAGCGAAACAGGAUCCACCAAUGGCUGCUCGCAACGUUGCAGUGGAGACUUCCCAAAAAGAAGCUCCCCCGUCGGCGCAGCCUCAUGCAUCGCGGCACAUAGAUGCCAAGAAGGAGGAGCAGAUGCUCAUGCAAGAGGAGAGGCGGCAUUCACGUCUCCAGGCGAAACAGGAACCGCUGCCUGUCAGCGUGCCAGUGGAGGAGGCUUCCCAGCUGGAAAUUCCUUCUUCGGCGCAGCCCUAUAAUUCAUCCACAUCCAGGCACAUAGAGACCAAGAAGAAGAAGCAGAUGCUCGAACAGGAGGAGAGGCGGCCUUCGCGUCUCCAAGCAAAACAAGAUCCACUGACUGUCAGCGUGCCAGUGGAGGAGGCUUCGCAGCUGGAAAUUCCUCCUCCGGAACAGCCUUGUGCAUCCAGGCACAUAGAUGCCAAGAAGGAUCCACCAGUGGCUGUUGGCAACGUUUCAGUUGAGGCCUCCCAGCUGGAAGCUUCCCCUUCGGCACUGCCUCAUCCUUCCGCGCACACAGGGGUCAAGAAGGAGGAGCAGAUGCUCGCACAGCAGGAGGGGCGGCCUUCACGUUUCCAGGCGAAACAAGAGCCACUGGCUGUCAGCGUGCCGGUGGAGGAGGCUUCCCAGCUGGACUUUCCUUCUUCGGCACAGCCUUAUGCAUCCAGGCACAUAGAGGCCAAGAAGCGGGAGUGUAUGCUCACGCAAGAGGAGAGGCGGCCUUCACGCCUUCAGGCUGUAAGUGCUUCUGCAGAGGAGCUGGAAACUCCUCUUUCUGCACAGCCUUAUGCAUCCAGGCUGCUUGCACAGGAGGAAAGGCGGCCAUCACAUCUUCAAUCGAAACAGGAUGCAUUGGCUUCUGGCAACAUCGUUGAGGAGGCUUCGCAGCUGGAAAUUCUUCCUUCGGCACAGCCUUCUGCUUCCAUGCACACAGAGGCCAAGGGGGACGAGCAGAUGCUCAUGCAAGAGGAGAGGCGGCCUUCAUGUCUCCAGGCAAAACAAGAUCCACUGCCUGUCAGCGUGCCAAUGGAGGAGGCUUCCACGGCGGAAAUUCUUCGUUCGGCACAGCCUUGUGCAUCCGGGCACACGGAGACCAAGAAGGAGCAGAUUCCCGCACAGGAAGCGACGCUUAUUCCACCCUCCCAAGCAGAACAGGAUCCACUGGUUGUUGGCGACAUUCCUUUGGAGAUGGCGACUGAGGAGACUCCACCGAGGCGACCCUCGAUGCAUGCGGUGAGCCUUGGUGAUGAGACGUCCUGGCAGGCCACGCGCACUUCAUCCGAAUCCCGACCUCCCCAAACUCUUCUCAAGAUGUCCAAGAGCAUUGACAUGCUGCCGGAACCUCGCAGGACAUCUACUCCAGGCCUUGCUAAAGCACUCGAUGCGUUGGAGGCGCAGGAAGAGGGUUUGGCAGACACCACCGGCCUCUUCCGCAGCCGCCCCGAUCUUCAGAACUGUGAUCAGCAUCGAGUUUUCCGUGACGUCCAGUCCGCGAAGGCAGUGCGGCCUGCGGUCUUCAAUGAAGCGAACUCAGUGGAACUAGCGACCUCUCGUCAAGCCCCUAAGUCCUUUGCCGCCCAUUCUGGGCCAAAGAAAGACGAUGUGGCCAGGGAGAAAGCUGCCGAACGGAGAGCACCAGAGGCAGUGCAGCCCACGUUCGUCACCGAACCUGACACUUUGCACCUCACUAGCCCGCGUCAGGAUGGCAGAACUCCGUGCUCAGAUGGUUCAUGGCAAGAGCCCGAUCUUCCUGAGUUUCGUCCUACAAAUUCUCUCUCUACGGGGAGCAGAGCUUUGCCGGCAUCGUUACAGCGCAUGAAGCCACCGUCCACAGAGCCGUCGGAGCAGCGGCCGACCCGCGCUCGGCCUCGGCCGGCCCAGGCCGAAGACUUCCGUGGUGUCAUGCCGGCCGCCCAACAGCAGCCAACCUCGGAGUCGCCUCGCGUCGAAACACCGGAGCAGUCAGCUGCACAUACAGUCUGCUCCAGAGCAAUGCGAGUCUUCUGCGCCCUUGCAAGUGGCAAAGCAAGCGAGGUGCACGAGUGGGACAGUGACGACGAGACCGUUGAAGAUGCUGGAGGGUGUCUCUCAGCCCGAGGAGCUCGGACACAGGUGCCCGAUCCAGAAGAGAUGGAGAAUGCUGCGCGCUCCAUGGCGGCCGCUUGGCCUCUGGCCUGGGCGGCCGUUGCCUCAAGCUGGGCCUCGUCGAGGUUUUUAGACCUCGUCGAGGCGAUGUCACCAGCAGGAAAGCGGCGGCUGAAUCAGCACCUGCAGUCAGACUACGUUUUUCAGGACGAGGAGCAAGCUGCCAAGGGAAAGGCACUGGAGGCAUCCCUGGCGCGGCAACAGGGCUUGGUGAAAGCCGCCGAAAGCCAAGCCCAGCGAUGCCGGGAGCUCCUGCCAAGACCAAGGCGGUUGCAGCCACCUGGCGAGCCGGCUGCAAUGGUGAACCAACUAGCAAGCCCUAGUUCGAGCAGAACGAGUUCCCCCAGCUGUCGACCGCCUCGGGCAGUCUCCCCCGGCGCGGCCAAAGCCAUGUUCGACGUUGCCGAGGAGAACAUCGCCUACGCGCUUGAGGACGCUUUGUCUACAGCGGCCGAGCAAACAUCCAGGCCGUCCUCUCCGGCCGCGACGAUGUUCGCUGGGAUUCAGGAUCCGGAGCUGCCAACAUGGGCGGAAUCCCGCAGCUUGCCUUUCGCUUCACCGGACUUGUCGGCAGCGACAUCCCGCGAGAAUUCACCGCCGCGAGCACACGAGGCAAGCAGCAGGAAGCCUGGUCAGCGGCCAGGUCGCGUGCUGCUUGCGAAGAAGGCUGGGCGCAACGGCAAGGUGAAACCUUUGGGUGCUAUGGAAGCCUCGGACACCGACGAGGCCCCGGGCACUCAGUUCAUCAAGGCGAAGUCUCCGGUGGUUCCCGGGCGGAAGCCCAGAGCUGCAUCGAAGGUGAUGAAGCCGCCCUUCCGACGUCCGGAGUGGCCAGAUCUAGGCAUCGUCUCCUGUGCUCCCGGAGUGGAUGGCCAUCCAGCGUUCUGCCUCUGCUGGGGAGCCUGUGAUCCUUCCAGACAUGCCUCUGUUGCACGCCUGGAGCUGCAAUGCAUACCACUUGACAAGGACGAGGUCGCAGUGGCAAAGCACGACCUCGGGCCUUGGGAUGCUGUUGAGACCUGCAGUGGUUCUGGGAAGGAAGGAAGGCUCUGGCGUAUGUCCUUCGUUUACGCUAGCGGCCCUUCGACGAUACUCGCAAAGACCGAGCGAUGUGUCCAGCGGUUUCCGGCACACGUGGGGAAUGGGAAGCAGCCAGCACGCGUCUACUUCACGGGUCCUCGGCAAGGUGAUGCUUUGGCACUUAGGCUUCGGGCGUGGUCUCGCAAGGAGGCCGCGUGGACGCCCUUCGGCAGCGUCUUGGUUGUCGCUCUGGCUGACCUGAGCGGCGACGGCAACUUGCACGGCAUCACCACUUCACCGCAGCUGUUGGCCAACAUCCGAGCAACAGCACAUCCCGGCGACUGA